CCCGUGCUGUGCCACGGGGCGGAGGUCUUCCUGUCCACCGGGAGCGAGCUGGUCUACGUCUACGACCAGGAGGGGCGGCUGCUGACCGCCGUGUACAAGUUUCCCGGUCAGGUGUGGCACCUGGAGCUCCUGGCCCUUCGUAGGGCGCUCUACGUUUUGUGCGCCCAGAGCGGCAUCUAUUGCUUGUCCUUGGACCAGGCGGGCAGGUCCGUGAGCCAGGAUGGUGGGGACGGCGGGGAUAGCCAGGGCACUGAGGACGAGCAGGACGGGUCGCCUCCCUCCUCCGUCAUCCCCGUGGACCCAGGUGCCUGUGUCCUGCCUGACGCCACGCUGUGCGCCUUCACCAUCCUCGAUGACGUCCUCGUCACCCUGGCACAGGGCCCCACCCAGUGGAAGGUGCAGCUGUUCGAACGGCCCUGUCCCGGGGAGGACCCCAGGCCCGGGGGCCAGAUUGGCGAGGUGCACUUGUCCAGCUGCACCCCCACUGCUGGGAGCCCAGGAGAGCCCGCAGCCCCCCGCUUCCUCCCUGUACUGUGCUGUGCAUCACCGCCGGGCUCCAGGGCCCCGCACAGCUCCCGGGGCUUUGCCCUCGAGGGCGCCCUCUUUGGGCUGCUCUUUGGGGCUGGUGCCGCCCUCCUAGAGUCGCCCGCGAUCCUCUGCGGUCUCCCUGAUGGCCAGCUCUGCUGUGUGGUCCUGCGGACCCUGGUCACCUCCAGGUCGGCCCCGGGCGACCCCAAGGCCCUUGUCAAGAUCCUCCACCACCUGGAGGAGCCUGUUGUCUUCAUCGGGGCCUUGAGAACGGAGCCGCUGGCCGAGGAUGUGGAGGACGAGCAUUCCGACUGCCUGGUGGUGCUCGGUCACCACGGCCGGACGCUAGCCAUCAAGGCCAGCUGGAAUGAGGCGGGGCAUCUGGCGCCAGAGCUGCGGGAGUACCGCCUCCCGGGGCCCGUGCUCUGUGCAGCCUGUGGUGGGCACAGCCGUCUGUACCUCAGCAGCCCCUCAGACCUCUGUGUGGUGGACCUGGCCCGGGGAGGCUCCCCCUGGGACCCCGCACAGCCCGAUGGGGCCCUAGGAGGCCUGCCCUCUCUGUUGUGUCCCACCAGCUUGAGCAUCUGCAGCGUCGUCACCCUCUCUGUGUCAUCCAGGACACCUGAAGGUGGCGCUGAGCUCCUGGCCCUGUCGGCCAAAGGCCGGCUGAUGACCUGCAGCCUGGACCUGCACCGUGAGACGCCUUGCCCCACCAGCGUGACCUCGGCGAACACUGGCCAGAAAAUUAAGGAGUUGCUGUCUGGCAUUGGCACCGUGUCUGAGAGAGUGUCCUCUCUGAAGAAGGCAGUAGACCAGCGGAACAAGGCCCUGACGUGCCUCAAUGAAGCCAUGAACGUGAGCUGUGCCCUGCUGUCCAGCCGGGAAGGCCCCAGGCCCAUCUCCUGCGCCAUCACCACUGCCUGGAGCUGCCUGCAGCUGCAAGACGUGCUGACGGCCACCUGCCUGCUGGAGAACAGCAGCAGCUUCAGCCUGGACCGGGGCUGGGCCCUGUGCGUCCAGGUGCUCAGCAGCUCCAGGGCCUUAGACCUGGGCUCAGCCGGCUCGGCCGUCACCUACACCAUCCCCGUGGACCAGCUCGGCCCUGGCGGUCGGCGGGAGGUGACGCUGCCCCUGGGCCCCGGCGAGGACGGUGCGCUCGACCUGCCUGUGACCGUGUCCUGCGCGCUCUUCUACCGCCUCAGGGAGGUCGUGGGCGGGGCCCUUGCCCCCACAGACCCUGCCCAGGACGCCUGGUCGGAUGAGUGCCCCCCCGACGUCCUGCCUGAGCAGGAUGGCGUCUGCCUGCCCCUGAGCGAGCGCACGGUGGACAUGCUGCAGAGCCUGCGCUUCCCCAGCCUGGCUGUGCCCCCCAUGCAGGCCCUGGGCCCGCUCAGCCCCGCUGGGGACCCCAUCCACACCUUCCUGGGAACUUGCCGUGGGCCAGGCGGGCAGCUGGCAGGACCUUCGUCCCUGCGGGCCAAGUACCUGCCCCCAUCCGUGGCCACCAUCAAAGUGUCGACAGAGUUGCUCAGGGCUGCUUUUGGGGAUGGGCAUGCAGGCAUGUCCCUGGGCUGUGCCACCCUGCAGUGGCUCCUCGCUGAGAAUGCCGUCGGGGACAUCGUGAGGGCCCAAGCACUGUCCUCUGUCCAGGGAGUGGCCCCAGAUGGCACUGAAGUCCACCUCAUCGUCCGCGAGGUGGCCGUGACCGACCUGUGCCCAGCAGGGCCCAUCCAGGCUGUGGAGAUCCAGGUGGAAAGCUCCUCUCUGGCCAACAUGUGCAGAACACACCACGCUAUCAUUGGGCGUCUACAGAGGAUGGUUGUGGAGCAGGCCGCCCGGGGCUCCAGCCCACCUGACCUCCGCCUGCAGUAUCUCCAUCAGAUCCACGCCAACCAUGAGACGUUGCUGCGGGAGGUGCAGACCCUGCGUGACCGGCUGUGCACGGAGGACGAGGCCAGCUCCUGUGCCACUGCCCAGCGUCUCCUGCAAGUGUACCGACAGCUCCGCAGCCCCAGCCUCCUCCUGCUGUGACACCAGCCACCACGGCCUCUGCACUCAGCCUCAACACUGCCGGGCACCCCCUGCCCAGAACACUGGGGCUGGAUCAGCGACGUCCCCUGCAUCCUGACACCGGGUCCAGACCCCUGAGCAGGAGCACUCUUGCCCUUGCGGCUUGUGGCGGCCAGGGAGAUGGGGCUUCUGGUUUGAGACUCGGGCGCAUCUGGGUCAGUGGUUGUCACAUUCCCACCGCCACGCCCAGAGCCAGGGCUGCCCCUCUUGGUGGCACCACAGCCCACCCACAGACCUCUUGUCCAGCACUGUCCACACCUGCCUACCGCUUGACUCUGGGCGCCUCGGCCCUGCUUCUCUGCAGCUGCUGGGGCCACCAGGUGGGAGGUGCUCCCUGUGACCAAAGCACAAAGAUGGGGUGGGGGUGUUCCCUGCAGGUACCCUAAGACCAAAACACUCAACAACUGGUGCCUCCAGCUGGGGCCACACCCAGCAUCCAGCACUGUGCACUGUUCCCAAGGGUCCCUCAGGGCGGGCAGCCACCCCCCUUGGCCCUGGUGCUUUUGGGGAGGGUGACUCCCCGGACUCGACACGGUGCUCUCCUGUAUGUGCAGGGCCUGCGAGGCAGGCCUCAAAAAGUGACCCUUUCUGUUGCAA